CCUCAUAAUUUUUUUCCCUUCUCUUUCUAAAAACCCAUCGUCCCCCCCCCCCUCUCACUAUUCACCAUCUUCUCCAAAUGUUUCUCCCUUUUCACUCAAAAUUACCAACAUGCAAGGCUACAGUCAUGACUUAAUUGUUAUCUCAUACUUCCAGCAAGCUCAAUUUUCCUCAUUUCUUCCCUCUAGGGCGCAGCUUUUCUCUAUUCUGCUCUUGGGGUUUAUUUCAGAAAUUGGAUCUAGAAUCUCAUGCAUGUGGUUUCUGGUGUUGAUUUUGGAACUGUUUGUGUGUUGUGUUGGUGACCAGAACCAAUUAAUUGGAGGAUGGUACAAAGUAGAGGUUUGACUGUUAAGGGAGGAAAAUUGAUGUAGGGAUUUCGUCCAGGAAAAUUGAUGUAGGGAUUUCGUCCAAUUCAACUUCUGAUGAAUUGAUUGGUGAAAAUAUAGAAUGUCAGUUGAUUGACCCUGCUGAUAGGACAGUAGAUAGAGACUUAUCACUCAUUCAAGAAUUGGGUUUGAAGUUUGUGUAUGCUAUAAAUACACAUGUACAUGCUGAUCAUGUUACUGGAACUGGCCUCAUCAAGGUCCUUCAAUUUCUACAGAAGAAUGUUGAUGAAGCUUUGGGUAUGUAUGAGGUACUAAUCAAUGAAGAUUCAACAUUGAAGAUGAUGUAUGUAUGAAUAAGGAUGAAAAUUUCUGGAAAAUGGCUUUUGAAUUAGAUGGAAAAUGGCAUCUCUGUAUGUAUUUUUGCUUAUAACUGAGUUUAGAGGGAGUAGUUAGGAAAUAAUAUGCAUGAUCGUAUGAUGUGUGAUAUAAGGUGUGGAUACAUAUUGGCUGUUCAUGAAGAGUUUAGAAUGAGAAUUUUAAGUCUUUUUUAUACGCAACAUGCCUAAAAAGUUCAUCAAAUUAGUAUGCCAAAUUAGUGUUUUAUUUUAUAUACCAUGCAAAAUAUAUUAUAUAAGUUUUAUUCAUGGCCCCCCAUUUCUGCCGCCAUUGCACACACAUAUUUAUUGGGAACAUAUGCAUAGGCACUAUCAUUGGAUAAGCAUGAAAGUGUGGAGAAGUAUAUGAUUCCAUUCCAUUGUUGAGUUCAAAAGUAGAUGUAUAAUUGUAUUCCCAUAUGUGCAAAGAGUGCAUGUACUUGAACGUGACACUCUUUGCUUAUCUUGGUUACAACUAUUUUAUGAGUUAUUGGGGAGAUUUAUCUGCAUGUUGUAUUCAAUUUGAGAAAGAUUUAAAGCAUUAGGCUCUUUGAUCCAAUCCAAUUAUGUGGUCACAAUAAUAACAUGAAGGUCUCUAUCAAAAUACGUAUUUAUGCCGGUUAAUUUGCCAUCUUAUGGUUAUAGUUGGAAUCUCAAUCUGAACCUUUACCAUCAGAUUAAUUGGUGUCCUUAUAUAUCAAGUCAUUCAUGAUCUUACUUUGGUUAAGAGUUCCUAAACGUUUGGGAAAUACACUAAAGAGCAUUUGGUUCUUUUCUCUAUAUAGUCAUAGUCACAGUGACUCAUUGAGAACAAAACAGUACUCUCCUUUAACUUUCAAAAUAUGCUGCGCUUUGAAGCUUUUUGCUAAAAAUGGAACAUUCUUUGUAUAGAACCAAUUGUUGAUAUAAUCAUGUUCAGUUUCUGUCAUUAUUGAGUGAAAUUUUCGAUUUUGGCAGAAAUGAAAGUCAGUUUUGAAUUACCUUUGAUUAUCAGAGGUGGUUCUUGCAGUGUAAGCACUAACUCUUCGUACGGCAAUCACAAAUAGUUUAUUUUCUUUGAAUAAAUUUUUCAGUAUGUCACUGCACCAUAUGGUAAUGUUUUAUUUGUCUAUAAUUGAUUGAUGUUUGAAGCAUACACUUCAAUCCAACUUUUAAACCUUUACCUACUGAUGAAAACUAAACGUAGAACACACAUUAUAAUGAAAGUGGUUUGGUUUUCUAUGUGGAACUAGAAAUGUAAAGUUUUAUUAAUGGAAAGACUAAGGUGGUAUUUUGUUUUCAUUAUGACAUUAUAAUAUAACAUACAAAUCUUGGGUACUUGGUGCAUAGAUACACCAACCAUUAAGUUGGCAAUGUUCUCCAACUCUCUUCCACAACUGCAGGUCUCUGUAGAAUAUGGGUUAUAUGAAAUGAUGAGCUGGAGGGCAAUUAGGCUUGAGGUGGCUCCUAAAAAUGAAAAUUGGGGUUUCAAUAUAUCAGAGCGUGAGGCCAUGCUUUCUGCAGGGACAGUGGAUAAAAAUGUAGAAAGGGUCUAUAAAGAGGAAAAGAAAAGGAUGGAUGUCAACUGCUUGCAGAAUCACUCGAUACAGAGUGCUUAUCAUGUUGCACAAAGGUUGUUAUGCCUGAAAUAUUCCAAUCAAGUCGGGAAUACGAUUCGGCCAGCUUUGAUGAAUCUUAAGGAGUGUUGCUGUUUGAAAUUUAUAAGCCUGAAAUUUAUUGUGGUGGUCUUUGAGAGGACAGAUACAAAAGAUGAAAGUAUGUACCAGAGCUUGCUGAACUUAUCAUUGAUAGAAACAAUAACCCUUCCCUUCAUAUUGAUCUCAAGGGCAUUUUGCUGGGAAACCCUGAAACUUAUGCUGAAGAUUAGUUAGGAAUGGUUGAUUAUGCUUGGAGUCAUGCAGUGAUAUAUGAUGAAACCUAUAAAACAAUCCGAAGAAGCUGUGACUUUAACAGUAGUGAUUCAUGGAAAAAUGAAGAAUGUACUAACGGUGUGGAUGAAGUGCUCAAACAGUACAAUGAAAUUGAUAUCUACAGCCUGUAUACCUCUGUCUGCUUUGCUACCUUCAUUUUCAAACUAAUGUUUGUACCACUUUUAAUUGUACAAAAGGUAGAAAAAAAAGGUCAAGAAAACAAAAGAGCUAUCAUUUUACUACAUAGAACUGACACUUAUUAGUUGUUGAUUUUUGCAGCUUUAUUCCUGAUUAAUUUUUUAGGAA